UCAUCUGCAUCAACGGCUAACAACGAGCAGAGCCCAGCUCUAUCCCGCAGCAGCUAGCAAUGCCCGCCACCAUGCUGCUAACCUUCUCCCCGCCCCGCCUCCUCCUCCACCACCACCACGGCCAAGCCAAGCUCCGGCAGCAGCGCUCCACCGCCCGCCUCGCGCUCCUCCCGCGCCGCGCCGCUCGGCUCCGCUGCGCCCCCGACGAGGUCGCGGCCACAGCCGCCGAGCCCGAGCAGCAGGGGGAGGAGGAGGAGGAGUUCGUGCUCCUCGCCUCCAACCGCAGCGACUUCAACGAGGUCAUCAUGGUCAUCGACUCGCCCUCCAACCGCUACCUCGUCCUCGACCCCAGCCGGAAUGUCCACAGCAUUCUCCCCAAGAAGAGCGCAUGGACCAACUCCUACUGGGAUGAGUUCGUCAGCCUACCUCCCGUUGUUCCACGUGGUCCUGUUGCACUUCUAGGUUUGGGUGCUGGGACAGCAGCGCAUAUGAUGCUAGAAGUUUGGCCCUGGAUACAACUUAUCGGAUGGGAGAUUGAUCCGACGAUAAUUGAAUUGUCAAGGGAUUAUUUUGGUAUGUCCAGUUUAGAGAAGGCCACGGAAUUAGGUGGUUCACUUUCGGUGCGUAUAGGCGAUGCACUUUCCCCGUCAGCUACAGUUGAAGGAGGAUUUGCUGGCAUUGUUGUUGAUUUAUUUGCUGAUGGAAAAGUCUUACCUCAGCUACAAGAAGCUGAAACUUGGUUAGAGAUUGCGAAAAAGCUCAUGCCAGAUGGUCGAAUCAUGGUCAACUGCGGUGGAGCAGAUACCCCCGUAUCUCUUGCUGCCGACACGGGUGUUUCGUCUUGGGUCCAGAAUCCUACAAUCAAGGCUCUGUGCUCUGCGUUCCCUGGGCAGCUAAACUGGAAGAGACUUUCGGAGAAGGAGAGUGUAAACUACGUCGCGUUGACGGGUCCCCUUCCAGACCUGGAGGAGUGGUCAACCUCGGUUCCUAGCGAGCUAAGCCCAAGAGUGAAACAAUGGGUGCCUUGCGAGCUCGCGUGAGAAUGUGCGUUUUCUUCUGGUUGCACCUUUGCUUGCUUCUACAACUUUGUCUGUCUCCCCCCUCCACGGUCCUUUUAAGGUGUACAUAAGGCCAUCUGUCUGCAUCUGAAGAAGUACCAUAUCAUAUCAGCACUCACAUGUCCAAGGAAGGAAUUGCAAUGUGGAAGGUAGUCUAUCUGGCUCCCAAAGCUUGAAGAACAGCAGAGCGAAGACCUGUCCGUUUAAUGGAGUUGAUGCGUGUAAUCCUGAAACCGAGCCGAGGGAAGAACGCAUCGCGCUACAGUUUUUGGCAUGUCCUGCUGCCCUGCUGUUGAUUAUCAUUCAUCAUUCCAUGCCUUCAUGGUGUCACAGUGUCAAGUUCAGACGGUGAUUAGUAAGCGCGCGUUACAUUACAUCCCUUUGUUUUUUUAGGUAACAACCUCUUAUUUUUCUGUUGUAUACACGACCGAUUCGUGCCGCGGCUGAGCUGAAUCAAAGCCAGCCACGGUUUGCAGUCUUAUGUCAGUGUAAUGUUGUUGUUCAGCAUCA